UGUUCAAUUUAAUUCGCCACAUACACAUACACACACACACUAGUUAAUCCUGCCGCCCUGCUCUUCCUCCCCCCUGCAGCAGCAGCAGCAGCAGCUACUCUCUCCUCGCAUCAUCAUCCAGCAGCGACGCGCACCGGAGAUUUAUUCCAUAGUUAAAUAAUAGCCCAAGGUCUUUGGAGAGAGAGAGAGAGCGUGAAUUGAGGAACGAUAGACGGCUGUUGGAGACUGUUGGUCCGGGCCUGAGAGCUGGCCGAGGCGAUACUGGACCUGGAUGUCGCCUCAAUGGAUUAGCGAUCGUGAAUUGUGAGAGGAGCAUAACACCCCUUGAUGGCGAGAAGCCAUGAGAGAAGGCAACACACAGACCAACGACGACGACAGAGAAAGAUGAGAAGUGCUCCCAUAUGUGCCAAUAAACAACAAUUUUAAACUAAAAACAAAUUUCACGCUUGAGGGAGCGAUAAAAGUCUGAUACAACCGAAUGAAACAGAAACAUAAAUCGCAACAGAAACAACAUUUUUUUAAAACAUAAGGCAACCAUUAAUCAACAUAUCGACAAACAGAGCUACUAGAAUCAGGAUUUAAACAACAUGUUCUGUGAGGAAUAAAAAAGAAAGCAAAACCAGACCACCACAUCAUCAGAAAUACAAACCAAUCAACGGCUAACAAACCGAAAGCCCCUUAACGAUAGUUAACAGAAAAGAAAAGAAGAAAAAAACAAACAAACAGCAAACAUGACCUUCUCGAGCUUCACACGAAAAAUGCGUGGACGGAUGCGCUCCAAUACCUGCCGGAUUGUACUGCUCACCUCUUUGGUGUGGGUGAUCUUUGAUUUUGUGCUAAUCACCCGCUAUUCGGACUGCAUUGGCAAGGACGGAUGGCGUUGCAAGCGUUCCGGGGAGUUCGAUGUAGAGCUACCCAAUGCCGAGCCACUGGUGGACGAUAAUCAACUGGUGGACGACAACGAAAUUAAUACGGAAAAAUCCUUGGAUGGUGACUCGGGCAGCGCCUUGAUUAUGGGUCAGGGCUUUGCACCCGGUGGCAUAUCCAUGACAUAUCCCAGCGUGUCACUGAAGAAAUGGUUCCUAGCGCCCACCGUUGAGGAGGCCAAGGGCAAGCCCGGCGAGAUGGGUAAACCCGUGAAGAUACCCGCGGAUAUGAAGGAUCUCAUGAAGGAGAAGUUCAAGGAGAAUCAAUUCAAUCUGUUGGCCAGUGACAUGAUCUCCUUGAAUCGUUCCCUAACCGAUGUCCGGCACGAGGGGUGUCGUCGAAAGCACUAUGCCUCCAAGCUGCCCACCACGUCAAUUGUGAUAGUAUUCCACAACGAAGCCUGGACGACGCUUUUACGAACAGUCUGGAGUGUCAUCAAUCGUUCGCCGCGGGCCCUGCUCAAGGAAAUCAUUCUGGUGGAUGAUGCCAGUGAAAGGGAUUUCCUGGGCAAACAGCUAGAGGACUAUGUAGCCAAGCUGCCGGUACGAACCUUUGUGCUGCGCACAGAGAAACGUUCGGGUCUGAUACGUGCUCGACUGCUGGGCGCGGAGCAUGUGAGCGGUGACGUAAUCACCUUCCUGGACGCCCAUUGUGAGUGCACGGAGGGCUGGCUGGAGCCGCUGCUGGCGCGCAUCGUACAGAAUCGUCGAACGGUUGUGUGCCCCAUCAUUGAUGUCAUCUCGGACGAGACAUUCGAGUACAUCACAGCAUCGGACUCGACGUGGGGUGGCUUCAACUGGAAGCUGAACUUUAGAUGGUAUCGAGUGCCCUCCCGUGAGAUGUCGCGUCGGAAUAACGACAGAACUGCUCCUUUGCGUACCCCCACGAUGGCCGGUGGUCUGUUCUCCAUCGAUAAGGACUACUUCUACGAGAUUGGCUCCUACGACGAGGGCAUGGACAUUUGGGGUGGCGAGAAUCUGGAAAUGUCGUUCCGUAUAUGGCAAUGCGGAGGCAUUUUAGAAAUAAUACCCUGCUCCCAUGUGGGUCACGUGUUCCGUGACAAAUCGCCGUACACCUUCCCCGGCGGCGUGGCCAAAAUCGUGCUCCAUAAUGCGGCCCGUGUGGCCGAGGUGUGGCUGGACGAGUGGCGUGAUUUCUAUUAUGCAAUGAGCACAGGUGCUCGCAAAGCUUCGGCGGGAGAUGUUAGCGAUCGCAAGGAUCUGCGUGAUCGUCUCAAGUGCAAAAGUUUCCGCUGGUAUUUGGAGAAUGUUUAUCCAGAGAGUUUAAUGCCCUUGGAUUAUUACUAUCUGGGCGAGAUACGCAAUGCGGAAACGGAAACCUGUCUGGAUACCAUGGGCAGGAAGUAUAAUGAAAAGGUUGGCAUUAGCUAUUGCCAUGGCUUGGGCGGCAAUCAGGUGUUUGCCUACACCAAGCGACAGCAGAUCAUGUCCGAUGAUCUGUGCCUCGAUGCGGCCAGCUCCAAUGGCCCGGUCAAUAUGGUGCGUUGCCACAAUAUGGGUGGCAAUCAGGAGUGGGUCUACGAUGCGGAGGAGAAGUGGAUACGUCACACGAAUACGGGCCAGUGCUUACAGCGUGCCAACAGAGAUGAUGCCAAUACGCCGCUGUUGCGGCCCUGCAGCUAUGGCAAGGGCCAGCAGUGGCUGAUGGAGUCCAAGUUCAAGUGGCAGGCACACUAGCAACCCUCGCAACAUCCAAUUAACUAACAACAACAAAACUAAACUAAACGGAUCCUACUAACUAUACUGAGAACUUCCAAUUUGUGUUGAUUUUUGCUGGCUUUUGUUUAUUGACAUUUAUGUAGCUUUAAGUUUACUUCUGAUCUAAGUUUUCUCUCUCUCUCUCUAUCUCUAUGUGUGAGUGAAUGUGUUUGUCCUUUGCGGCAGGAUGUCUUCCCGAGUGUAUGCGUGAGAGUCAGUACUACAAUUUAGAUAUAUGUAUGCAUCUGUGUGUAGGCAGGCAGUUCUACGAUUUAUAUAGAUCUAUAUAUAUAUAUAUAUGUAUAUGUAUAUGGUAAUUGUAAAUUUACAUUAGCUUCGACCAAGUACCAAUAAAUUGGCAUUUAAAUGA